UUUUAACCCAAAACCAGUUUGAUAAACCUCAAGCUCUCUCCAUGUAAGUUCGAAACCCUACAUGGAUCAGACAGACUCAACCAGAAAACAGUUUUGAAGCUACCAUGAAAGGUGAAAUUGAGGACAACGGAGUAAUACAGAUACCGCCAACUCGAGUUGGGCAAAUAAAGAAACGAGUUCUUAAAAACAAGGGCAUGUUUGUCUCUUUCAACGAGAAAGAUCUCAGGGAUUAUGUUGCUAGGUUUCAUAAGAGGAAGAAAAAGAGGACAAAGGAAGCAAUUAAACAACAAGAGGAGAAGUUAAAGCUCAAGCGUAUCGCGACACGCAAACAGAGGAAACUGGAAAAAGAACUUGCUUUAAAUGGAGGAGCUCCACCAGCUGCUGAUGAAAGCGAUAAGUAUGAAGAAGAUGAUGAAGAAAUUGAGCCAAUUGCAUCAAUAAACGGGACAGCAAAGUACGACAAUGGAGACAUGCAAGUUACUAUGACCACUAACGAAAUUUCGCGAGAAGAUGAGGAUGACCAUAGUGAAAAGACACAAGUGACAGUGCCAAGGUUCAAUGAAGCUGAUAAAUCGCACAAGUUAUCCGUGAGCAAAAAGAAUUCAUUCAAGAAAGUUUUGAAACACAAAUCACGGUUAAAACCAUAAAACAAAAGGGAUAGAAAGAAGGGAAAGAUGAAGACCAAGAAGCGGUAGUUUAUAG